CUGUCUUUGCAGCAGCUGUAGGCAGGGGAGGCCAUUUUCCGUUUCUAGGAAGAGUGAGGGCGAGAGGAGAGAGAAAAGAAGGGGAAAAAAGGGCUGAGCGCCUCCCCGCUGGGCCGUGGACAAGAGGGACAGUUUCGGCAGGCGGGUGAGGUCGCUGACGGCCUGGAGAAGAUGUUUUCCCUGUCGAGCACCGUUCAGCCCCAGGUUACAGUUCCUCUGAGUCAUCUCAUCAAUGCCUUCCAUUCACCGAAAAACACAUCUAUUUCUGUCAGUGCAUCAAUUUCUCAAAACCAGCAUCGAGAUGUAGUGUCUGAGCAUGAGGCUCCCAGCAAUGAGCCUAUACUUAACUUAAGGGACCUUGGAUUAUCUGAAUUAAAAAUUGGACAAAUUGAUCAACUGGUAGACAGUCUACUUCCUGGAAUUUGUAAGGACAAGAACGUUUCUUCCCAUUGGCAUACAUCUCAUGUAUCUGCACAGUCCUUCUUUGAAAAUAAAUACGGUUGCUUAGAUAUAUUUAGUACUUUACGUUCCUCUUGCUUGUACAGACAACAUUCAAGAACUCUUAAAAGAAUUUGUUCAGAUCUUCAGUACUGGCCAGUUUUCGUACAGUCUCGGGGUUUUAAAACUUUAAAGUCAAGGACACGACGUCUACAGUCCACUUCUGAAAGAUUAGCAGAAACACAACAUACAGCACCAUCAUUCGUGAAGGGGUUUCUUUUGCGGGACAGAGGAUCAGACGUUGAGAGUUUGGACAAACUCAUGAAAACCAAAAACAUACCUGAAGCUCACCAAGAUGCAUUUAAAACUGGUUUUGCAGAGGGUUUUCUGAAAGCUCAAGCACUGACACAAAAAACCAAUGAUUCUCUAAGAAGAACUCGCCUGAUUGUCUUUAUUCUGCUGGUAGUUGGCAUUUAUGGACUCUUAAAAAACCCAUUUUUAUCUGUCCGCUUCCGGACAACAACAGGGCUUGAUUCUGCCGUAGAUCCUGUGCAGAUGAAAAAUGUUACCUUUGAACAUGUUAAAGGAGUGGAGGAAGCUAAACAAGAAUUACAAGAAGUUGUUGAAUUCUUGAAAAAUCCACAAAAAUUUACUGUUCUUGGAGGUAAACUUCCAAAAGGAAUUCUUUUAGUUGGACCACCAGGGACAGGAAAGACACUUCUUGCCCGAGCUGUGGCCGGAGAAGCUGAUGUUCCUUUUUAUUAUGCUUCUGGAUCAGAAUUUGAUGAGAUGUUUGUGGGUGUGGGAGCCAGCCGUAUAAGAAAUCUUUUUAGGGAAGCAAAAGCAAAUGCCCCGUGUGUUAUAUUUAUUGAUGAGUUAGAUUCUGUUGGUGGGAAGCGAAUUGAAUCUCCAAUGCAUCCAUAUUCACGGCAGACCAUAAAUCAGCUUCUUGCUGAAAUGGAUGGUUUUAAACCCAACGAAGGAGUUAUCAUCAUAGGAGCCACAAACUUCCCAGAGGCAUUAGAUAACGCCUUAAUACGUCCUGGUCGUUUUGACAUGCAGGUUACAGUUCCAAGGCCAGAUGUAAAAGGUCGAACAGAAAUCUUGAAGUGGUAUCUCAAUAAAAUAAAGUUUGAUCAGUCUGUUGAUCCAGAAAUCAUAGCUCGAGGUACUGUUGGAUUUUCUGGAGCAGAGUUGGAGAAUCUUGUGAACCAAGCUGCUUUAAAGGCAGCUGUUGAUGGAAAAGAAAUGGUUACCAUGAAGGAACUAGAGUUUUCCAAAGAUAAAAUCCUAAUGGGUCCUGAGCGUAGAAGUGUGGAAAUUGAUAACAAAAACAAAACGAUCACAGCAUAUCAUGAAUCUGGUCAUGCUAUUAUUGCAUAUUACACUAAAGAUGCAAUGCCUAUCAACAAAGCUACAAUCAUGCCACGAGGGCCAACACUUGGACAUGUGUCCCUGUUGCCUGAGAAUGAUCGAUGGAACGAAACUAGAGCUCAGCUUCUUGCUCAGAUGGACGUCAGUAUGGGAGGAAGAGUGGCAGAGGAACUUAUAUUUGGAACUGAUUAUAUUACAACAGGUGCUUCCAGUGAUUUUGAUAAUGCAACCAAAAUAGCAAAGCGGAUGGUCACCAAAUUUGGAAUGAGUGAAAAGCUUGGAGUUAUGACCUACAGUGAUACAGGGAAACUGAGUCCAGAAACUCAAUCUGCUAUUGAACAGGAAAUCAGAAUCCUUCUGAGGGAUUCGUAUGAGCGAGCAAAACAUAUCUUGAAGACUCAUGCAAAAGAGCACAAGAAUCUAGCAGAAGCUUUAUUGACCUAUGAGACUUUGGAUGCCAAAGAGAUUCAGAUUGUUCUUGAGGGGAAGAAAUUGGAUGUGAGAUGAUAGCUCUUGAUGCAUUGUUGGUUUUAUUGCAAGACCAUAAGUAGCACUGCAGUAGUCGUAUUUUGCAACACUUUUCUCCCAUUCUUGGUAUCACUCAAGGGUGUGAAACACUUUGUCAGUCUUUUGUCACAUUUAUCUAAUUUUGAUUAUUCUCAUGAUGGACACCUACUGCAAAUAGCAAAUUUAUUAAAGAAAAUAAAGAACUAUCAGGAUUGAAAACA